AUGAACACAAUCAAUGAAAGACUUACAUGUUGCAAUCCUAAUAAAUGCAACGAUCCUUGUAUUUAUGGUUGCUUAACAGCAUGCUUGGAACCUUGGACUAAAAGUUACAAUUGCUUGGAAACCUGUACUAAUAAAUACGCUGGUAGGCUAGAAGAAUACUCAUGUUGGAAUGCCUGCUACUUGAUGAAAAAAAUCCAUCAACAAUCCUACUCCUCAAUAUUACAAAAGAUACGUGGACCCAUUAACUGCUUACCUUUUACUGGACCAAAGAAAUAUCAUGUGUCUACGUUGAGAAAUUCCACUACAGACAGCACCCCCGUUAUUUCUCAAGAUGGAUACCGGAAUGAACGUUGUACUUGCUCACCACCUGAGCUACAUAAUGCUAGUAUCAGUAACUACCUCGUUACGCCAACUUUUAAAAAAAUUACAGUCAACAGCAAUGGUAAUUUUGUAAUAGAAAUUCGGUGGUUACGUGCAUUAGGCUAUCAUAAUGACUUUGAGGUACAGUUUAUUGUGCCGAUUAGGAAUCCACCCAACGGUACCCGCCGGAAAUGCAACAUCACAACAGAAACGAACAUCAAAAUUGUAAUAGAUCGCAUUGCCAAUUUAUCCCACGCAGACGUACAUGAAAAAGGCAUUGACUUUAUUAUCCUUCGAAUUCCUAAUCCGAGCAAUUUUUAUCAUUCGCAAACCAUUGGAAACAAGGUGACUAUGGCUGCUGAAGUCAAGAAAAAAUAUUACCAAAAGUACAGGGAAUAUUUCCCCAGCGAUACCGCUAAAAUACCUCCAGAGGCGGUUGCAUUGAUUUGCUUGGCUAGUGCAAUAGCUUUAAUUGGCACUUCCGUUUACUUAUACUUGGCAUACCAUCUCAAGUUGUAUCCUGUAGCUGAACGCACCAUUAGCAGUCCCGACUAUGUUAGCAUAGUACAUGAUCUAUUCGAAGAAAAUAUCGAUUUAAAUCUAUUAAGAUUUCUAGAUGGUAACAGGAUUGGUUACAAUGUUGUUGGAGCAAUUGAUGACGAUAUAGCGACUCCAAUCCCAGAAAUAGUUAUGAGGAAACUUACAACAUGUUCAAAGAUAAUACUCUAUCUAUCACCGGAAUACAUUCGAAAUAUCAAUAAAUACCAAAAACGUGAUCUGCGAGACUUCGAAAACGAUAGUCCUGAACUAAUGUUUGCCAAAUGUACAUGGUCAUUAAUGCUACGUAAACUUUAUAAUUGUCCUCGCAGUAAUGAUGUAAUUGUGGUCACGAACACUUCGAUAUAUCCUGGUUCAUGGAUAAGGUUUGCAAGAUAUCAUCUUGCCUUUCCUUCUACACAAAUCCGUGAUCUUAAGUACGAUAAUCACUAUGAUCCUCUACUACGCUGCCUACGAACAGCAAGGGCCGAUUUAGAAACUUGA